CUCUCUCUCUCCCCCCCCCCCCCUCUCUCUCUCUCUCGCUCUGUUCCAGCCGUGGAGAAGCCGAAGCAUCAGCAGUAACAGCAGCAGUGUCAUCCAGCCACUGAGCUGGCUGUGCAUGGAGCUGGAGACCUCUUUUGCUUCCCUUCUUCUCAAUAUUUGCUCAUGUUUUCCUUCCCUCCGCCAAACUCGCAUCCCUCGUCCUCCUGAGCCAUCCCCCUCGGACUCUGGUUUAUUUUAAAAAAUAUUCCAACCUCUUCAUUGUCUAUUUUAUUAUGUUUUUUUCCUUGAACGGAAUUUGUCUGCUCGAAAGACCUCGACCAAGUUUAAAUUGUUGUCUUUGUAGUGGACCUCAUUUUCGAUUUUUAUCUCUUUCAUUAUAUUUUUCAAUUUUUAUUUCGAGCCCAUCAUUUACAUUUUUGGUCUCAGACAGCACAACUACUGAGGUGACCUGGUCUUUUUUUGGGAUUAACAUGACACUCUUGACAGUAAGGUAACUAUAUACAUCUUUCUAACUUAAACAAAUAUGCAUUCAUAUAUUUCAUGAACCUAUUACUAACCUAUUACCUACAACUACACGGUGCAUUGUUGGCUUAAUUUAUUUGUGACUGUGUGUCGGACAGAUUGCAAUAUCCCUAAUAUAGUAAUUUGACAUACUUUCUUUUCACAGGGAUUGAGAGGAUCACUAAGCGUGGAAGGAGAGAAGGGGGGGGGGGGGUUGUUAUGUUGAUCUUAGCCAAGAUGGAAUAGCCAAGAUGGACAUUACAGCGAUCGGGCCACCUUUCAUGACAACGGUAUCGGUGCAAAACUCUUCUUUGGAGGGCUUAAACCACACAGCCCCUUCGCCACAAUAUCCUGAACCGCCGCACUCCAGGUGGGCAUCAACGGCAAUCGUCUUGCUGGUCACGGUGAUCAUCCUGGGCACAGUGGUGGGCAAUGUGUUGGUGGUGGUGGCCGUGAUCACCAGCCGAGCUCUGCGUGCUCCCCAGAACCUGUUCCUAGUGUCCCUGGCGUCUGCAGACAUCCUGGUGGCCACCUCGGUGAUUCCCUUCUCCUUGGCCAAUGAGGUCAUGGGCUACUGGUUCUUUGGUCCCACCUGGUGCUCCUUCUACCUCGCUCUGGAUGUUCUAUUUUGCACCUCCUCCAUUGUCCACCUGUGCGCCAUCAGUCUCGACCGCUACUGGUCUGUCACCAAGGCCGUCAGCUACAACCGCAAGAGGACGCCCAAGCGCGUUAAGACCAUGAUCAGCGUCGUGUGGCUGAUCUCCAUCGUCAUCUCAUCGCCGCCCCUGCUCAUGCACCAUCAGGAGGAACCGGACGGGAGCCGGCCGGACGAAAAGGACACCCUGCAGCAGAAGUGUCUCCUCAACAACCAGACCUGGUACAUCCUCUCCUCCUGCCUGGUGUCUUUCUUCGCCCCGGGGGUCAUCAUGAUCCUGGUCUACUGCAAGAUCUACCGCGUGGCCAAGCAGAGGGCCUCCACCGUGUUCGUGGCGAAGAACGGGACGGACCGGCGGCCGUCGCACUCGGAGACCUGCUUUGACCCCGCCAGCGGGAACUUCCAGGGGGGCGGCUCGGGCCUGGCCCGGUCCUGGUUUCAGACGGAGAGCCCGCGCGCCGUGUGCCGCCACAGCUCGGCCAUCGGGGGCGGCCACGGCGACGGCCACCGGCGCAGAGAGCUGGAGGACAUAGAGCUGGAGGAGAAGAGCUGCAAGUCCGAGACCAAAACCUCCUCCUCCUCGUCCUUGUCUUAUUUCAGCCCGUCCUGCGUGUUCUCCAGGAGAGCGAGCGGCAGGGCGGCGACGGAGGAGGAGGAGGAGGAGGAGGAGGAAGCGGGGAGGGUUAAAGGGACGGCAAACACCCUCCAGCCCCCCCCGCCUCCUCACGCUCCCUCCUGCCCCUCCUUGUCAUGGGUGUCGACGUCGGACCAGUGCUCCCACCACCUCCUCCUGCCCUCUCCGCUGCCUCCGCCGGGCGGCCACGUCUCCCUGUCCAAAACCAAAGUGGCUCAGAUGAGGGAGAAGCGCUUCACCUUCGUGCUGGCUGUGGUGAUGGGGGUCUUUGUCCUGUGCUGGUUCCCCUUCUUCUUCACCUACAGCCUCCAUGCCGUGUGCAGGGAGAAGUGCCCGAUCCCCGACACACUCUUCAACCUGUUCUUUUGGAUUGGCUACUGCAACAGCUGCCUCAACCCAAUCAUCUACACCAUCUUCAACAGAGACUUCAGAAGGGCCUUCAAGAAAAUUUUAUGUCAGGCCCGUAAGGGAAAAUAGGGAACUUUUACAAAGGGCUUGAGCGUGUGUGUGCGCGUGUACUCCGAAUAUUCACCCCAGAGGCUUUCCAUGCACACACACACACACUAGGAAGAGGAGUUAUUUUACACAUGUCGCCCACUCGAUGCACUUCCAAGUGACUGGUGUCUCAGUCCAACGUAAACAACUACAAAGUAUGGGCCAAAGCUUUAAUCCGUUAUUUUCCUUGGGGACAUUA